AUGGGAACAUGUUGCGGUACGCAGGGUUAAUUGUAAAUUGUUAUGCCAAAUUUUGAACUAUCUUUCCUGAGUGUCUACACCUAAAAAGCUAUUUUAAUCCAAAGGGCUUACAGAUGUAUUUUUGGUUUAAAGAAUAAAUAGAGUUCAAGAAUCGAAAGAGACGACCUACAGUUCCAGUAUCUAUUACAAACGACAGCUAGAGAAGUCAUUAGGAGCCUAUUGAAAUUGCAAUUGUUCAUUAGUAACCUUAAGAUGAAGUUGCAUAGAUGGAAUAGAUAAAAGAAGUCCCUAUUAUUGUAGAUCAUUCUCCUCCUGAUGGCAUCAAAGUUGAGAGAAAAUAGAGUGAAUAUCCUGCAUCGAUCAAUUCUUUAAUAUUUCGAAUCGGGAACUUUAAUUAUAAAGAGUAUUUAAAGAAGGAAAGCUAAAACUAUGAGGAGGAAGAAUUGAGUGCAACUUUUUUAGACCCAUAUUUACUUGCUGAUGGAACAAUAUAUUUAGGCUAAUGGAAGUUGGGUAAAAGACAUGGAAAAGGCAGAGCAAUUUUUCAAGACAAAAGUGUAUAUGAGGGUUUUUGGAAAAAUGAUUAAAUGGAUGGUUAUGGAAGGUUGAUUUUUGUGACUGGAGAUUAUUAUGAAGGAGAAUUCAAGGACAAUAAAGCGAAUGGAUUUGGGAAAUAAGUGACUUCAUUAGGGUAUUCUUAUGAAGGCUAUUGGGUUAAUGAUAAAUAAUAAGGAGAUGGGAACGAAAAGUUUUCAGAUGGAACAAAUUUCAAAGGAAAAUUUGUGGAUGGAAACAAAACAGGUUUCGGAGAAUUUGUUUUUUCAGAUGGAUCCAAGUAUUAGUUCAGCUAAAAAAAGGUAUAAGGGUUCAAUUGUUAAUAAUAAAUUUAAUGGAAAAGGAGUGUUUAAUUUUCCAGAUGGUCGUAAAUAUGAUGGAUAGUGGAAGGAUAAUUAAAUGGAUGGAUAUGGGACAUUUACUUGGCCAGAUGGUAGAUGCUAUGAUGGAUAUGUAAAUUUUAUUAUAAUGAUUAGUAUGUGAAAGAUAAAAAACAUGGAUUUGGGGACUUCACAUAUACCGAUGGAUCAAUGUAUAAAGGCAAUUGGGUUGAUGGCAAAGAACAUGGAUAAGGAACUUUCUAUUCAAAAAGUGGAUUAUAUAGAGAAGGGGAAUGGAUCAAUGGUAAAAGAGUAAAAUGGACUUCUUCAUACUAAACUUCCUGA